GCUUCUAGUAGAGAAAUGGCUCACUGGUUGAAUCACUACUUUGAUUAUUCAGACCCAGGUCAGGACGACGACUACUACUGCUAUGACGACGACGAUUUCGAUGACCACUACCCGGUUGUGACGGCCUUUAGGCCACGUUUCGAAAUUGUCCAAAUGGUCGUUGAGAAAAAAGAACAGUUAAAGUUGCAGCAACAGCUCCUAGAAAGCGAUGCCGAGAAGAAAGCUCGUUGGUUACAAGAACAAGCCAAAAUCAAAGAAAAAGCAGAAAAGAAGCGACUGAAAAAACAGAAACAAAAGGAAAGAAAACGCCGGGAGAAAAUGGAGAAAGCGAAGGAGAACGGCGAAGCGGUUGGUUUGGAGGAGUCCAAGACUGAGGACCGUGUGGUAGAAGGCGGGGCCGAAGGCGGAAAAGAAGUCGUGGCGGAAGUUGUCUCCAGUGGGCAGAGUGACGCGAGCGACGGCGAGUGUAACGAUGUUGAUGAACUGGAUUUUGACAGUUGUUUUGUGAGUAAAGCCGCCCAAGUUGUUCAGCGUAAAUUGGAGAAAGGGCAAAAAAAGCUGGCCAACAAAGAAAAACGUCACAAGGAAUCCAAAGACAACGUUCCAAAAGAGCAGCUUGUGAAAGGAGACCCACCUUCUGGCACUCUUGUUUCUUCCGCUACCGAGCAGCGGGUGCCGCUGAGCACCUCCACCGUCACUAAGCACUCAGAGGUACCCGCUGGUGGACCCCAACUGAAUGACAACAUUGAAAGAAGCAAUGAACUCGCAGCUCAAGGGCUAGAGUACGCUAAGGCUGGAUGCUACCAGUUAGCCGUGGAUUGCUUCACGCAGGCCAUCCAAUUCAAUCCGACGGAGUUCAAGUUGUUUGGAAAUCGUUCGCUGUGUUUGGACAAACUGAACGAAUACGAGAAGGCCCUGGCCGACGCCGAGUUGAGUCUCGGCAUGUGUCCGGGCUGGAGUAAAGGACUUUAUCGCAAAGGACGGGCCUUGGCGGGUUUAAAGAGAUAUGACGAGGCGGUGGAGGCCUUCCAGGAGGUUCUAAAGCAGGACAGUGGCUAUGUGGAGGCAGCUAAAGAAAAGCUGCUCAUCCAGAGCAUACAGCUAAGUGGAUACGGAUUCACCCAGGAGCAGUGCUUAAAUGCCUUAAUUGUACACGGGACGGUGGAAAAAGCCUUGAUGGUUCUGUCCAGAUUAAACCCACAUGUGGUGCCCCAUGAUCCGGUGCCGACCAGACCGCCCACCGUGGCCCACCAUGCUUGCAACAUUGCACGUCAAGCAGAAGAACUGGAACUGUUUCCAGUCUGGGUGGGCAACUUGAACCCGGACGUGUCGGAACGGAUGCUCUUCAGCCUCUUCAGCAAGGUGGGUCCGCUUCACAGCAUCAGGAUCCUGAGAAAGCGACACUGCGCUUUCGUCAACUAUACGCAAAAGGAGUGCUGCGACCGAGCCAUCCGAUAUUAUCACAAUUUCCAGUUUAUGGACGACUACCUCAUUGUUCGGUAUCCGGACAGGAUCCCCGAGGGAGGAAGGUUCUCCAAGGCUGCCCUCAAAAGCCAGAGACCGUCACGGUGGGAUUCUCGGGGCGGCCACAUGCUCCCUUAAGAGACGAUACAAGAAGAGGUUUUGUUUGCAUUUCAGAUCACACCGUUACAUUUGUGAUAAAAACGCUACUUUGUUGUUCAUUGUUGAAUUUCAUUAAAGUUUCAUAAAAGUUACAAAAGGAUUUUCCAUUCAU